UUUCUCUAUGGGAAAUUGUGCAGCAGAUCGAUCCUAGGCCUAAUCGAAAUCGUGCAUGGAAACGAACCCGGUAACGUUGGAUCUACUGCCGAAAAAGUACAGUAAUUUAUUCGUCGUUGAAUGAACAGUAAUAUAAAGCUUCUAUCAUGUCUACCCUAAAACCGUUGACUGUCAGUGGGGAGAGGACAUCGGGAGAUACAGUGAGGACACAAAAUGUAAUGGCUGCUGCUGCAAUAGCCAACAUCGUCAAAAGCUCUCUUGGUCCAGUAGGAUUGGAUAAAAUGUUGGUUGAUGACGUGGGGGAUGUAACAGUAACUAAUGAUGGUGCGACCAUCCUCAAACUUCUUGAAGUAGAACAUCCAGCUGCUAAGAUUUUGGUAGAACUUGCUGAUCUCCAGGACCAAGAAGUUGGAGAUGGAACAACAUCAGUGGUCAUUAUUGCAGCUGAACUUCUAAAGAUGGCUGAUGAGCUUGUCAAACAGAAGAUUCACCCUACAACAAUCAUAAGUGGAUACAGAUUAGCGUGCAAGGAAGCAUGUCGAUACAUCCAGGAACACUUAACAAUAAGCACAGAUGAUUUAGGCAAGGAGAGCAUCAUCAAUGCUGCAAAGACAUCAAUGUCGUCAAAGCUUAUAGGAAGGGAUCCAGAGUUCUGGUCAGAGAUGAUCUACGAGGCUGCUCAGGCCGUCAAGACCACAGAUGCGAAGGGCGCCAUCAAGUGUCCCAUCAAGGCUAUCAAUCUCCUAAAGGCUCAUGGGAAGAGUUCGAAAGAAACUGUCCUUGUUCCAGGAUAUGCUCUUAACUGUACUGUAGCAUCACAAGCAAUGACCAAGAGAAUUACAGGUGCGAAGAUUGCAUGUCUAGACUUCAGCCUUCAGAAGACCAAGAUGCAUCUAGGUGUCCAUGUCAUCGUAGACGACCCUGAGAAACUUGAUGCCAUCCGUCAAAGAGAGUCUGACAUCACCAAGGAGAGGAUUCAGAAAAUCUUGGAUACUGGGGCCAAUGUGAUUCUGACCACCGGUGGUAUUGAUGAUCUCUGUCUCAAGUACUUCGUAGAAGCCGGAGCGAUGGCUGUAAGGAGGUGCAAGAAACAGGACCUGAAGAGGAUUGCUAAGUCAACGGGAGCGCAAUUAAUAGUCACCUUGGCUAACUUAGAAGGUGAAGAAACAUUUGAAGCUAGUAUGCUGGGACAGGCUGAGGAGGUUGUCCAGGAGCGUGUCUCAGAUGAUGAACUUAUCCUCAUCAAGGGGCCCAAGGUCAGGAGUGCAGCAUCCAUGAUCCUGCGUGGAGCCAACGACAACCAAUGUGAUGAGAUGGAGCGAUCUGUCCACGACGCCCUCUGUGUGGUCAAGCGUGUCAUCGAAAGCAGGUCUGUGGUCGUUGGAGGAGGAGCCGUGGAAUCCGCACUCUCCAUUUACUUGGAGAAUCUAGCAACCUCGUUGAGUUCACGUGAGCAGUUGGCCAUCGCAGAGUUUGCCAACUCCCUUCUGGUCAUUCCCAAGACCCUUGCAGUCAACGCUGCAAAGGACUCUGUUGAUCUGGUGGCUAAGCUCAGGGCGUACCAUAACACAUCGCAGCUUCAGGCCGAUCACUCUCAUCUUAAGUGGGUUGGUCUGGACCUGGUUGAAGGAAUCGUGCGAGACAACAGAGCCUUUGGUGUUCUGGAACCUGCCAUUUGCAAGAUCAAAUGUCUGAAGUUUGCCACCGAGGCCGCCAUCACGAUCCUGCGUAUCGACGACCUCAUCAAGCUCGCACCCGAAGAACCACCCCAGGGUGGCCCAGGAGGAGGUCACCCGGGCAUGGGUGGCAUGCCAGGUGGUAUGGGUAUGAUGUAACCUCUGACCUCUUAGCUGAUGUUCAUUUCGGGGAUGCCCCUUUUCAGGCUAUAGUCUGAAUUCAGACAAGCAACUUACUAGGGAAUAUAUGCUACUGCACAGGAAAGUUCCUAAGGAUGCAAAAUACUACAAUAGGAUUCCACGGA